UCGUGCGUGGUUAGGAGAGGUUAGGAUGGAACUUUACGGCGAGAGUUGAUUUAAAUAAUCGGAUAUAAGUUUACUAUGAAAAAAUGGCACAUUUGUUUAAUAGAUUGGCGAGCAGAGAACUGGCUAGGAUGCAGGUCGCCAGAUACGGUCAUAAAGCGGAUCACUGGGCUGUGGUUAGAAGGAAAAAGACGCAUAUGGGCAGGGCGCUGAAACACUUCGACGAGUUCUAUGGUAAUGUCUAUGGAAAGUCGUGGGAAAAUAUAAAAACUGCGUUACUAGCGGAAGAGCACAAGUACAUGGCUGUUGUGAACAGCUUCAGCGACAUGGACAGAAUAAAGUCAGAAUUAGAGUCCCAAGGUGCCAUGAAUCUAAGAACAAUUUAUGAAACCUACAAGGAACACAUCGACGAAAAUCCAACCAUGUAUAAGAAGAGGAAAAAGGCAAAGCAAGGAAGAAGUCGAAUGGAGUCUGUGAUUUCUGACGCUGAGAUAUCAAUGGUGCAGUCAAAUUAUCCCACAGAUUAUGCAUCACCUACAUCUCUAAGUACAGACGAUGAUGAAGAGAGAGGUAUCACGCCGGAGGAUCAACCGUUGCAGCCUGUAAAAAUGAAACCUAUUGAAUCAGAUUUGAAUGAAGUUGCUUUGGACGAAAAUCGAAUCGUGCAUCCCAACGCCAACUUGAGCGGAUUAUAUGAAUUUGUACCAGCCACGAAACUUAAGGGCAUGGAAGAUUGGAUAUUGGAGUCACAGCACUAUGGCUAUUACAAAGAGGGCUCGGAAUUUUCGGUAAACAUUGAGAAGGAGGUAGUGUUAACGUUUCCGGAGUAUCUCAACAUCUAUACGUUUGAGGAAGACAACGACAGCAGAUUUCCAUCCCCAAAGAAAGGAUCAACUGGCGUCUUAGAUUAUUAUCUUCUGGAUGGUGCCUCUGUGUUACCAGUGUUGGCCUUAGACCUGCAAUCUAGUGACGUUGUACUAGACAUGUGCGCGGCACCAGGAGGGAAGACUCUGAGCAUUCUUCAGACGCUUAUGCCGCAUAUGAUGGUUGCUAAUGACGUCCAAAAGUCCCGAGUGCAGAGGAUCCGCAAAGUCAUAGACGAAUAUACAGCCGGCAUCGGCCAGUGGGAAAACAGAUUGUUUGUGACAGAGCGAGAUGCAAGAUUUAUCAACGACAAAGAUAUGUUCAACAAGAUAUUGGUGGAUGUGCCAUGCACCACGGAUAGGCACGUUUUGCAUUCGGAAGAGAACAAUAUCUUCAAGCCGCAGAGGGUGCGGGAGAGAUUAAAGAUACCGGAGUUGCAAGCGGCCAUUUUAACUAAUGCGUUGAAGAUAAUAUCAGUUGGUGGAACGGUCGUGUAUUCUACGUGUUCUCUCAGUCCCAUUCAAAACGACGGUGUCGUCGGCAUGGCGCUGAAAAAAGCCUGGGAGGAAACUAAUUCUGUUAUGAUUGUAAAAGAUAUGAGGGAAGCGCUGGAUCCAUUGAGAUGCCUUUAUAGAUUCGGCAAUUUUGGACUAAAAUACGGCCAUAUCGCCAUUCCUACGCUCAGUAAUAAUUGGGGUCCCAUGUACUUUUGUAAAAUAAUACGAACGCGGUAAUGAUAGGUAGCGUCUGGUCGUUCGCUUCCUCGUCAGGUGAUCCUUCAAUCUGAUUCCAUGGUUGUUCGUUGCCGCUCCCAAAGAUAGUGUAAACCAAUAUCUCAAUUACAUAUAGAAUGAUCGUUACGAGGAAUAUAAUCCUCCACGCCUCUAUGGUUUGCUGUAAAUAAUAAAACAAAAUCAAGGUACGCCGAUCGAAUCAGCGUAAUCGCCAUAAUCAGCGAAGUAGAGAAGAGUUCAUUUAAUAAAGGACUAUAUUUCUUUGGAAA